CGAGCCCAAGGGGCACGGCCACUACAUGCCUGCGCUCGACAAGCUGUUGCAGCUAGUCGCCGCCUUCGAUGUGCUCCUUAACCCCGUCAUCUCGCAGACUUGCGUGUACUGGCUCUCGGACGGCAGGCCGAGCGACCCGACGGUGCGCGGCGUGGGUGACACCGCCGCGCUCGCGCCGCUGGUGGCGUCGCGAAUGGCCGAGCUGAUUGACGCGUCGCGCAGCCCUGUGAGCAUGAGCUGCAUCGGCCUCGGCAGCGACGAGGACUUUGCGGUGCUGCACGAGAUGGCGGACUGCGUCCCCGGCGGUCGGGGCAGCUUCCACGCCCUGAGCCAGCUCAACGAGGCGGCAAUUACUGCGACGCUCACAACCUUCUCCUCCUCUCUCCUCACGUCGCGCCUCGCCUCCAUCCGUGUCGACGACCACAUCAAGCGGCGUGAGCGGCCCGUGACUGUCCGGAUCGGCCUCGCCGUCGAGAACGCCACCUUUCAGCUCUUUCCCGCGGCAAAGGUCUUCUUUCCACCCGAUGCGGGCGACUUCGAUAGCCCCAUGACCGAGCUCGGCAGCUACGCCAUCGAGGUAUCCACCGACGCGCUGGCCAAGGGAGGCGAGCGCAAUGUCUUCCACAUGCGAUUCUGCGAGCCGGCGCCCGACUUCUCUCACGCCAAGGACCGGUGGGUCGUCAAGGAGAACCGGCGCGUCGAGGAGUCGACGCAGCGAGAGCUCGAGUUCCACCGCACAUCGCUGGUGACGCAAAAGACUGCCGAGGCCCUCGCCGAGCGCUUCAACGAACGCGCCGUCGAGCUGGGCCUCGAGGGGCUGCCUCGUAUCGCGUUCAUGACGUGCUGCUUCGUAACGGUGCAGCGAGAGACGGGG